CUUUCAUGUUAUUACAUCGAUUAUUCUCCCGGCAAAGCAAAAAAGAAAGAAAAACAAAUCGCCCCUUUCGGUGUUUACUGCGUCUUUUUCUGCAGUCACCUUGUGAAUCAGGGAAAAAGGUUAUGAUAUAUAUGUAAGCUAAAAAUGGGCAUCAAGCUUUUGAAUUUACAUACAAUUCCAUGGUGCUUUCACUUGUUGAGCAACCACAUCUCGUGCUUCCACCUCCAGCCUGAGCCUCCUCUGGGUGACAUCAAGCUCAUCAAAUCUGACGGGCUUGUCAACAUCUAUGGCCGUCCCAUCAAUGUUUCUGAGCUCAUGACAGAGUUCCCUAACCACAUGGUUUGCCGUUCUGAUUCGUUUUACAUAGGCCAGAAGAUCCCAGCUCUCUCCGAGGACGAGCAGCUCCAGCUUGGCCACAAGUACUUUCUACUUCCUAGACAAUUUUUCCAGUCAGUUUUAUCCUUCGUUACCAUUGCCUCCUUUGCCAACGCUUCAUCUCUGCAAUCUUCUCGGGAAUCAAAAAAUGCGCUUUUAAAGAAAGCCGCCGCUUGCGAACCUUUCCAUAUUGACAAGAGUUCAUCCGGGUGUUUAAGAAUACGCGUGUCUGAUGAAUUUAUAUGGCAAUUGAUGGAAGAAGGAAGAAUGAAAGAUCAUACUGAAGAGAGUUGGAGUAGGGUAUGCACCACCCUUGCAUUGCAGAAGCAGUAUGCGCAGCUUGUGGGUUCAUACCAUUGGAAACCCAAGCUGGAGACCAUUAAGGAGAUGGAGAAGAGAAGGAAGAAAUCACAUUCACAAUUGAACAAAUCACAUCAACACAACGUUGAUGUAAUUACUUGUGCUAAACCUUCAAAACCCAAGAUUAGGAUUAAACCAUCAAGAAAAUGAUGAUAACCCUUUUAUUGUUUUAUAAGAUUCCUUUUGCAAAAGAAAUUACAGAGUUUUUAUUUUUCCCUAAUGUCUAAUUAGAAACAGAAAGUAAAAAGGUAAUAAAUCUGAUACAAUCAGAUGUGAUCAAUGACCAUCUUCGAUCUGCCAUCUGAAUUGAUUUUCUUUUUCUUUUAGUUUAUAAUUUUUAAAAACUUUUUUAUGUUGGAAAUAUAAUAAGGUAAAUAACGCAAUGGGAAUGUAUAUGUAAUGAAAUAUUAGUGUUUUGAAUGCUGAUUUCAGAUUCGUAUUUGGGUUGGCAGCGUUGAACUCUUAGCCUGUAGACGAAUAAGAGAAGCUGGCAAGUUUGCCUACUUUGUUUGGCCAAUUAUGCACAUGCCCUGUAAAAUGACAAAUCAGCAGUCAAACCAAGUCAUUUUUUUUCUUUUAUUUUUUUAUUAGUAAUAAAAGAAAAAUCCAAGUCAGCUUUCAAUUUGCUUUUCCUACCAUUGCCAAAUGCCAAUUCUAUUUUCAUAGCUGAUGCUUAACGUGCGCCGUCGC